AUGACUUCCUCACCCUUGGAUGAUGAUGAUGGUCCCAUCUCUGCCGCUGCAGCGCCGUUGCCCGACCUGGAUGGCGGCGCGCUGAUGCAGUUCUUGUCAUCAACGCUCCAGGACCUGGAGGCAGCGCAGGGCGGCACUGACGACGAGGCCCGCGGCCUGCUGGCGCAGCUGGGCGCCGCGAUGCAACGCCAGUCGGCAGCGGCCGUGGGCGCCGUAGGACACCGGGGUGCGCUGCGCGACGCGCAGCCUCAAGGGCCCGCGGCAGCGAUGGCGGUGGCGGUGCCGCAGACGGACCUGGAAAUCGCAUACCACAUAGACAGUCUGGCGGAGCAGCUGGCGGCGGUUGAAACGCAGUUUGCUGGGUUGGAGGGCGGCGCACGAGAACUAUUGGCUGCCGGCACGGCCGUCUGGAUGGGCGGCGGCGGCAGCGGCGGCAGCGACGGCAGCGGCCUCAACAGCAGCAGCAGCGGCGGCAGCGGCGGCGGCUCCGGUGGCAGCGCCGGCGGCCCCAACAGCGGCAGCGGCGACGGCAGCGGCUUUGGCAGUGGCCUCGCCGGCAGCAGCGGCAGCGGCGAGGAUGCAGGCUCUGGCGUGGCGGCGGGCCUGGUGUUGCCUGCAGUCUCAGAGGGCGACGAGCUUCGUGCAGGCGGCGUUGCGGGCGCCAGCAGGCCGGGCCUGGACGCUGUUGCUGGGGAGGAUGUGGGUGAGGAGCGUGGUGGCACUAGCACCGACGGGCAGGCGGCAGCGGGGGAGGAGUAA